GCGGCGGCGGCAGCGGCGGCGGCGGGUCCGGGCGGCGGGUCCGGGCGGCGCGAGCUCACGGUCCCAGCCCCCGGGAGGCGCCGCGACGCAGCGAAGGCUCGGGCUGCGCGGCCCCCGCGCCCCGCGUACGCCCCGGCCCCGCCGCCCGAGGAGCCCGGCGGCCGCUGCCGGCGCGGGCGCGGUAAGAUGGAGGACGUGUCGCUGGCCGAGCUGGACACCAAGCAGCUGGAGGCGCUCGCCCAGGAGAUCUACGUGGACCUCAUCGAGGACUCGUGCCUGGGCUUCUGCUUCGAGGUGCACCGGGCCGUCAAGUGCGGCUACUUCUACCUGGAGUUCGCGGACGCGGGCGGCGUGAAGGACUUCGGGCUGCCGCCGGUGGAGGACACGGGCGCCCGCCGCCUGCCGCUGUGCGCCCUCCCCGCCGAGCCGGGCAGCGGCCCCGAGCAGCCGCUGCAGCGCGCGCCCCCGGACUUCCAGUAGCCGCGGCGCGGGGGCCACGGCAGCCGACACGGCCCCGCGGGCGGGACGCAAGGGCCCGCAUCGCCGGGCGGGGAGGGGGCCCCCGGGGGACGCGGACAGACGCGGCAGGUGACACGGCCCCGUGCGCGCUGAGCAUCCCAGCCUCUCGAGGCCCCGUGUGCAGGACCUAAGGGUCCGGAUCGCCGGGCGGAGGUGAUCCCCGGGGGCCCCGCGGGAGACGGGGACAGACGCACAGACACAACAGGUGACACGGCCCCGUGCGCGCUGAGCAUCCCAGCCUCUCGAGGACCGCACGUGCAGGACGCAAGGGCCCGGAUCGCCGUGCGGGGGGGACCCCCGGGGGCCCCGCGGGAGACGGGGACAUGGACAGACGCAGCAGGUGACAGCCCCGCGCGCUGAGCGUCCCAGCCUCUCGAGGCCCCGCGUGCAGGACGCAAGGACCAGGAUCGCCGGGCGUAGGCGACCCCAAGAGCAGCCCCGCGAGAGACGGGGACACGCACAGACACGGCAGGUGACAGGGCCCCGCGCGCUGCGAGUCCCAGCCUCUGGAGGCCCCGCGUGCAGGACGCAAGGACUGGGAUCGCUCUGCAGGGGUGACCCCCGUAGGCCCCGCGGGAGACGACGGGCAGCCCAGUGCAGAGCGCAGACGGGGACAGAUGCGCAGACGCAGCAGGUGACACGGCCCGGUGCGUGCUGAGCGUCCCAGCUUCUGGAGGCCCCGCGUGCAGGACGCAAGGACUGGGAUCAUUGUGCAGGGGUGACCCCUGGAGCGGCCCCGGAGGCCCCGCGGGAGACGGCAGGCGGCCCGGUGGAGAGCGCAGACGGGGACAGACGCACAGACACGGCAGGUGACAAGGCCCGGCGUGCACUAAGCGUCCCAGCCUCUGAAGGCCCCGCGUGUAGGACGCAAGGGUUGGGAUCACUCUGCAGGGGUGACCCCCGGAGGACGACGAAGACGGCGCGCGGCUGGGGCGCAGCCGGUGCUCGGGGCCCCCCGCGCCGCCCGGGGGAGGAGCCCGGCCGGGACUUCCUGCGGCACUUCCUCCUGGACGCGGGAUGUCGGCGGGCGCGAGGUCCGGGCGUUGCCAGCCCCAACGCGGGGCAAGCCAAGGAGAAGGACCGCCGCCCGGUCCCGGAGGGGAAGCCCCGCGGCCCCGGCUGCAGGCAGGAGAGGACGUCCACGCCAGCCGCGGACGCCGUGGGGACCGGGGCCGAGCGCUUGCCCCCCGUCCGGUGGGCAGCCUGGUGGCCCGGCAGGCCGAGGCUCUGGCCCCGGUGCCUUGGGGAGGUAGCGGGGCCUCUGCAGCGGUGCACGACCCCCUCCCCCCACCCCCCGCCCCACAGGUUCACGCCCGGAUAUGCGCUGCUCUGCGCGGCCGAGCCCCCGGCCGACCCGCCCGCCCGUGUGUCUGGCCCAGGCAGCCCGCCGGGUCCCCACCGGCCUCCUGCGUCCCCGGGGGCGGCCCGCAGUGACCAGCGCCGCAGACGCUGUGCAGCAGACCGAUUGGACAGCGGGGCCCAGGGCGGCCUCUACCAGCGGCCCUCCAGGUUGACGGCGUAGUCCCCGGGGCCGGGGGGCAGGGAGGGGUCACCUGUCCUCCGGCUGCAGCAUCCCCGGGGCCGCCCCAUCCGGGCCGGUCAGCCCAAGCAGUGUGACCGCAAGCAUCUGUCUAGACUCUCACCGCCACCCCUGCCCCUCAGGAGGGGCGGCCCCUUCCAUUCAGUCCCUUUUGGACAUUCCUGACAAGAGCUGCCUUCUUGUGGGAAGUCGGGGUCGGGACAGGCCAGGAUGGGAAACGUGAGCCACGCCUCAAAGCCACCCUCCACUUUGCUCCCUGCUGAGGACUUAGGAAGUGUAGAGGGUCGAGAACCCCAAAGUGAGCGGGAACGGUGCUGCUUUAUUUGAAAUGUUUUCUUACCUCAUUCUGUGCCCUAGCACGGGGGCCAGCCUCAUCCGUCUGGCCCGGCCCCGUGUCCCCACUGUCCCCUGCUCCCCUGCCCGUCCAGUGCAGCUGGACCCCAGGUGCUGCCGGCUCCCCUGCUUCCACACCGGCCAGCUGCAGUUCAUCUCUCCAUGCUCCCGCUCCAACCUGCCCAGGUGCCCUCUCCUCGGCUUCUUUCAAGUUUUUCCUUUUUUUUUUUUUUCUCUCCCCUUCCUUGUUCUGGGAGAUACAGAGAAGAACCUUUCAGGUGGUUUCCUCUGUGGGGAUGAAGAUGGGAGAGUGGGUAAACGAUUUGUGCAGGAAAGGCAGGGCCCCGCCUAGGCAUCUGCCUGCAGGACUGCCUUGGAUGCCUCCCUGCGGGUCUCCCUUCGGGGGCCCCUGCACCUCCCCCCUUGCACUAGGAUGCCGCCUCAGGGCCUAAGCCGGAGAGCAGGGACGCCGAGCGCGCCACGCAGGGGUGGAGCGGGGCCUGGUCUGGUUUGCCAGCCCUUGCUGUGCAGGUACCGUUCCUCAUCCCGGGAGGACCUGCUUGGACCGUGCCGCCGAUGGGUGUCACGCAGAGCCCUCGAGGGAACCGAUAGGGCCGCUAGACUGUCGGUCAUUGCGUGUCCCCCCACCCCCCCAGAGUUGUCCUGGUCGGGGUUGAGGUGUCCUAACCGGUUGUCUUCAAGAAUUUUGCUGACUUUUUGGGAAGUUAAAGGUCGGCAAGAGUUAAAACGAUUUGGGGUUAUCUGCCCUUGGCUUUGUAGCCGUCUCCUUGCAGGGGGCUGCAGAGGGGCCGGAGGGAAACCGGCUGCGGGUAAGGUGAGGGGGGGGAGCUCUGACGGAGAUCCCUUGUACCCUUGCCCCUUGCCGGUCAGCCUCCUGGUUAGGGAGGGAGAGGUGGAAAGCAAUUCUCAGUAACCGUUGCUUCACUUUGCCUCCCUCCUGGUCAUGGUUUUCGUUCUCUGCCCUCCCGUUAUUGGGGCAACGGCCUGGCCGGGUCCAAUAGGAGCCCUGCGGGGACACACGGACCCCUUCCUUUUCUGGGGCGGGAGCGCUCCCGCCCGUAGUUGACCGUGGUUAGGAACUCUCCCUUUCCCUUCCUGCCUUCCCUCGAACAGCAGAAUUCCUGCCCUUCCUUAAUCAAUUAAGUAUAUUGAUCACCCUGUAAUUCUAUUACGUAUCCGAGUGUGUGUGUGUGUGUGUGUGUGUGUGUGUGUGUGUGUGUGUGUGUAUGGGUAUGGGGGGAAGGGGUUCUUUACAGACGUCUGUGGUUCAUGGCUUUUUCUUCCGUACAUUAGUUCCCACCACCGCAUGUGCAGGGGCCAGUGCCUGGCGUUGUCGCAUGCUGGGGUCAUCGGGGAAGUGUAGUGAGGCUCACCUCUGUCCUUUGUUUUGGAGAUUAUUAUUUUUGCAUAAGUGGUCCAUCCUAUACAGAUCGCUAACUGUGUAUUCCCCUUGCCCCUGUGGCUGCUGGUGUAAAUAAACUGCAUCUCCCCAUUGGUAAACAGUACUAAUAAAAUUUUAAAAAAAUGA